GUAUUCCGGGUCGUCCAGCACUAACCUCAUUCUUCUUGAGCGGAGUCAGUGGCGACAAGCUUACUUGAGGUGGAUGGCCGCAAAGAAAAGGUGCAGAACAUUCGCAAGAAUAAUUUCGUCGCCGCACUAAUCUCGAUCGACCUUUCCUUUCUGGCACAUCCAUGCCGCCUGUGGCCCCGCCUUGAUCAUUUUCCUCUCAAAUGGAGAACCAGACUCGGAAAAUAUGAGCAUGAAAAUAUCAAAAACAGAUUAUUACCUCAGAUCUGCCCUCGCGGGAGGAAUUGCUGGCGGCGUUGCGAAGACUGCCGUCGCACCUCUUGAACGUAUCAAGAUUCUAUUUCAAACCCAGAACCGAGAGUUCACCCGUUUCUCAGGCAGUUGGCGCGGCGUGUAUAAGGCACUGGAGCAUAUUGUUCGGACCCAAGGAUUUCUGGCGCUUUACCGAGGGAAUUCGUUGACGCUCUCUAGAGCUGUCCCACAUGCAGCCCUUGGCUACACGGUGUAUGACAGCGCUUCCAAGAUCCUUAUGCCCACGGCUUCCGACCAAACAUCUUUCCGCAGGCUCAUCGCUGGUUCUAUCGCUGGCGUCUCGGCCUUGCCAAUAACAUAUCCUUUCGAACUCGUCCGUGUACGAAUGGCUGUAGCUACACAGCAUUCCAGUCUUCAGCCCACACUCCUGACUCUAAUACGCAGCAUAUACAAAGAACACCUGCAUACUCCUCUUGUCCCCGGUGGUCUUCGAAAUUUCUAUCGUGGUUUCGUCGUUACUCUUGCUGGCACCGUUCCAUAUCGUGGCGGAAUUUUCCUGGUAUGGGAAACACUCAACCAGCGCAGUCGCGAAUGGUUUUCUCCCUCUUCUCGCGCUGCGAAUCAGCAUAAACUACACUUAAUCAUCGGAGCUAUUGCUGGUACGACCGCUCAAAUUGCUACAUAUCCUCUUGAAGUGGUGAGACGAAUACAGCAAGCUAGUGGCCAUGCCAGCGGAUCUCAGCGGGCUUUCGGUAUAUGGGAGACCGUAGUGACGAUACAGCGCACGAGUGGGUGGAGAGGCUUCUAUACAGGAUUGGGGAUUGGACUGGUAAAGCAGGUUCCCAUGCAUAGUAUAUCACUAUCUGUUUGGCAGGCCGCAAAGAAGCUACUAGAUAUCUAAGACGUCAAAUCCUUUGGACCACUGCUUUCUUUCCCGGUCUUCCCUCAUCCGAGCAAGUAGAAUAAAUGUAGAUUUCGGCAUUCGGGUCAUAUGGGCACGAUGUUCUUUAUAUUAUAGCCUCAUAACCUGAAGUUUUUAGGAUAGCACUUAUCGGUCUGUUGGUUUCUGGUGCUUGGCUAAAUCGACAAUGAUACAUUGAAUUAGAUGAUAACUUAUAGUACAUGAUAGUUAGCGAUACUGCGACGAUUUAGAUCCACUCUUCUACAACUCAACAAUGGUUCUAACGAAG